AUGACGUGUUUAUUUGAUGUAGAUGAUGAUUUACUUGCUAAAGAACUUUACAGCAAGGUUAGAGUUGCUUGUUGGAUUAUGACGUCACCUACCAAUUUACGCAGUAAAGCCAUCCACGUGAAGAACACCUGGGCCAAACGUUGUAACCUGGUCCUGUUCAUGAGUUCUGUUGCUGACCCAGAAUUUCCAGCCGUUGGACUCGAUGUUCCAGAGGGCAGAGAUCAUCUGACUGCCAAGACGAUGAAGGCGUUUAAAUAUCUGUACGAUCACCACAUGGCAGACGCUGAUUGGUUCUUAAAAGCUGAUGACGACACAUACGUCAUUGUAGAGAAUCUUCGGUACCUCCUGCUAAACGAAGAUCCCACCCAGCCGGUUUACUUUGGCCAGAGAUUUAAGCCCUAUGUUAAACAGGGGUUUGCUGGUGGGGGGAGUGGAUACGUCUUAAGCAAGGAGGCGUUAAGACGGUAUGGAGAGGUCGGUUCAAAGGACUCCAAGAUGUGCGUGAAAGACAAAGGACAUGAGGAUGUUGAGAUGGGACAGUGUCUGCAGAACUUGGGCGUCAGGUUAAAGGACACGACCGACGUAAUGAACCGCACCAGGUUUCACUGUUUUGAUCCAUCAUUUGUGCUGAAAGCACGUUUUCCACAGUGGUUUGUUGACUACGAUGUUUUAUUUGCGAAAGGGGGCAUUGAGAACAUCAGCGACUACGCCGUGAGCUUCCACUACAUCCAUCCCAACCAGAUGUACACUCUGGAGUUUUUUAUCUAUCACCUACGUCCUUAUGGCAUUUUAAACAGCCCGCAGAAACUUAAUAAGCCUUUGGAUAGUCCAUAA